AUGACAUCCAGAUUAAUUUCGCCGUCGCCGCGAUUAGCACAAUCAUGUCUCCGCCACACACGGAACCUCGCGCCUGUCGCAGCACGAUUCCCCCAACGCCGCUACAUUUCCGCCUACGGUUACGAACAAGCCAAAGCCCUCACAUUUACUGAAUAUGGCGAUCCUCCAGCUGUCCUCUCGCUUCACAGCCAUUCCAUCUCCCCGCCACACAGCAACUACAUGACCCUGCGCUUCCUCGCGUCACCCAUAAACCCCGCCGACAUCAACCAAAUCCAAGGCGUGUAUCCCUCAAAGCCCACAUUCACAACCAGCCUCAGUACCCCGAACCCAAUUGCCGUCGCAGGAAAUGAAGGUGUUGCAGAGAUAAUAGCCCUUGGCGAAGGCGUCAAGAAAGAAGGCUUCAAGAAGGGCGAUUGGGUAUUCAUGAAGGGCCCUGGUUUCGGCACCUGGCGCACACACGCCAGUGCCACAACCAACGAUGUAGUCAAGCUCGACGAUCAGAUGCGCGAAGGCAUCACCGCCAUCCAAGCCGGCACCGUAUCCAUCAACCCCUGCACAGCAUACCGCAUGCUGCGCGACUUCACUACCCUCUCCGAAGGCGAUUGGUUCAUACAGAAUGGCGCAAACUCUGGCGUUGGUCGCGCGGCCAUCCAGCUAGGACGCAAAUGGGGCUAUAAGAGCAUCAACAUCAUACGCAGCCGUGAAGACAAGAACAAAGAGGGAGCCAUGAAGAAGGAGCUACAUGAUCUCGGCGCAGACGUUGUAAUCACAGACGCAGAGCUGCAAGCACAGGGUAUCAAAGACCAAGCCAAGGAAUGGACAAAUGGCGGUCGUUCCCCCAUCCGUCUGGCACUAAACUGUGUCAAUGGCAAAGCGGCUACCGCAAUGGCUAAACUGCUCUCUCCAUCUGCACACUUUGUCACCUACGGCGCAAUGUCCAAGCAACCACUGACCAUCCCCGCAUCCAUGCUCAUAUUCAAGGACAUCCAUUUCCACGGCUUCUGGGUAAGCAGGUGGGCGGAGAAGCAUCCAGAAGAGAAGCAAAAGACUGUUGCCGAUGUGCUUGAUAUGAUGAGGAAGGGUGAGUUCAAGGACAUGCCAGUGGAUGAGAUCAAGUGGGAGUGGGAAACAAAGGGCGACGAGCUGGUGGCUAAGGUCAAGGAUACACUGGAGGGGUAUAGGGACGGAAAGGGUAUUUUCGUGUUUGGUAAGACGUAG